UCCCAUUUUUAACGAAUUUUUGAAUUUCGUCUUGGGGAACGAGAUCGGGGUGUGUUAUGACCCUAGAAAAGAGCUAAUUUUUUUUUUCUAAAAAAAAAAUUAAAUUUAGGGGUGCCCCGGAGCAAAAAACCUUAAAAAAAGUCAAAAAACGUCAAAAUUCACCAUUAAUUUUUAAAUAACGGCUCUGCAUUUUAAUGAAAAAAUUCGGGGUUUACAUGAAUCGUACCUAUUACACAACCGAAUAUUUUGGUAAAAAAAAAAAUUUUAAAUAACAAAAUUUAAAGGUGCCCCGUCAGUGAUUUAAUGAGUUGACAACGUCGCACUCGUUUGACAUUUAGUUUUUUGGACUUUUUUCUGUGUAAAGACGUUCGCAAUAGUCUCUUACUUCAGUUUCCGUGUGUUUUAUCAAAAAUGCACGAAUUAUAUCAACUGCGUUCAGGAAAAACAGUAAGUGUGACAGUUAGAGAGCAGAUUUCAACACAAACAGUGUCAAAAAAACGUGAAAAUAUUCGAUCACAUUCUACCCAUUGGGUAAUCGGGAAAAGUGAAGUUGAAAAUUUAGCUACACGUGUUCGCUUUCCAUUAAAAUCUGUUAUUCUGAAAAGAUACUUGCACUUCAGUCAGCAAAAUCCCAGUGGAUCACAGUCAACAAGAGACAUGUGCAAAUCAAUUUUUGAAGAGUUGAAAAUCAUCUGGAAAAAAGCAAAUAUUCCCAUUAAAGAAGACAGAGACUGUAUUGAUUGUUUGGUAACCCUUGUAAAUAGUUGGAAAGCCAUUAAAAAGUUAGAAACAAAAAGAAGAAAGAAUAGUAAGAGAGUGAAAGCAUUUAUUGAAAAUAUAGAGACUCUAUUUGAUAUUUCGGCACCGGAUGCCUUUCUACAACUAAAAACAUCGCGUCAACCAGGAUGGAAGGAUGAUUAUGAAUUUCUCGUCAAUCAAAGAAUGUGUCCUCAAGUUGGAUUUAUGGCCGGGCCAGAUCAGAAAUCUAUUCAGUUGGAGAAAAGACAAUUAGCCCGAAGAAGAAUUUCAAACGACGCCGAAAUUGAAAAAGCGCUUGAGCAGAGCUCCGACAGCAGUUUUUCUGAAGAUGAGUCAAUAGACGAGUUUGUUUUACCAACUAGAACUUCUACUCCUCGUCAGUCCUCUGUAUCGAUUGAAAUACCUGUUCGAACCUUGCUCAAAGAUACAUCAAUGGUUACAGAUAGAUGUCAAAUCAGUAUCAGAAGUCAAUUGGCCAUCGCAAGCAAAAUUAUCACUCUUGGAGGAGGAAACCUCUCGGAUAUUUCAAUAUCGAAAUCAACUGCACAUCGGCAAAAAAAGAGAAAACGAGAGGAAGCGGCAAAGGAAAUAUAUAACGACUGGAUGAAAAACAAGCCUCCGUUUGUAGUGGUCCAUUGGGACUCAAAACUGAUUGUGAAACAGCAAGGACAAUCGAAUGAAAGAGUAUCAAUUCUUGUUAGUGGAAAACCAUAUUUAGACACUCCAAAGUUACUCGGUGUCCCUAUCAUUUCAGAUUCGACGGGUUUGUCUCAGAAGAAUGCCGUUUCUGAUUUGCUGUCUACUUGGAAAAUAACUGAGAGCGUAAUUGGUCUGGUAUUUGAUACCACUGCUUCGAACACCGGUAUUCAUCGAGGAUGCGCAACUCUUCUCGAAAAAGAACUGGGAAGGGCCAUUAUGUGGUUGGCAUGUCGCCACCACAUAUACGAGUUGCACGUAAAACAUGUUUGGGCCGCAGUAAUUGGCGAGGCCAAUUCUCCGAUUGAGCCACUUAUGAAACGGUUUCAGCAAGAUUGGAAUGAUUUAGAUCGUGGCACGGAAGGUCUUUGCCUGUUUGAAUGGGACGGUGACGAAGAAAGUGACACUUUCCAACAAGCUAGCAAGGUUUUAAAAUGGGGCGAAAACCAUCUAAUGGCCUGCAGUUUCCCAAGAGAAGAUUACAGGGAGCUGAUUGAACUCACCGUCGUUUAUCUAGGAGGGAAAGUGCCCCCGCCAAGAAUUUUUCAUUUGCGAAAACCAGGAGCUCAUCAUAGAGCACGUUUCAUGCAUAUUGCGAUUUAUGCCCUAAAAAUGCAAUUGAUGUCGGAAAGAUUUAAGAUGAGUCAGGAGGAACUUAAUCCAUUGAAGAAACUAUCGGAUUAUAUAGUACUGUUUCAUAGUAUUGCUUUCCUACGUUCGCGGCUCGGUAUACGAAAAAAUUACUGCAGAUACAACUUUCGAAUAUUUGUUUUCCAACAAUUAAUAUUUAUUUUAGCUGCCUGCGCACCUGUAGUUGAUUUACAAUUCAUCUGUGAAAUGUAUCGCUAUCGCGAUGUUGAGAAAGACGUCGCCGAAGCCGCUAUUGCAUCAUGUCACAACCAUCUGUGGUACUUAUCUGAAGAACUUGUUGUGUUGGCCCUUUUCGAUGAAGGCCUGUCUCAUUUCUGGAAAACCUUAAUGGUGAAAAAGCUCAAGAAUACUCCCCGCCCUACAUCAUUUUCUCCAACAAAACCAAAAAUGCCUCAGUUUGAUUCGACAAGUAUUCCCAACUUAAUUGAUCUGAUUGGACCACGGUCUUGGCUUAUCUUUGACCUUCUUCGCUGCUCUAACAAACAAAUUGAAUGGAUGCAGUUUCCUUCAAUGGACUGGGAAUUAUUUGAAGAUUAUAGAGAUCUCAAAGCAUUUGUCUGCGGCUUAGAAGUUGUCAAUGAUAGUGCCGAAAGAGGGGUGAAAAUGAUAAGUGAUUUCAAAGACAUAGUUGAUAAUGAAGAGCAACAACAAUAUCUUCUUCAAGUAAUCGAAAAACAUCGUCAAGAAAUCAACUUGAAUGGAAGAAAACAAGACUUGUGCAAAAUAUAAAUCUCUAUCUGUGAAAAAGCGUAUAAGAGUAUAAUAAAAUCUUGUUUUGCCCCUGGGGCACCCUUAAA